ACACCGAGCAUUAAACCGCCUGUGCCCCUUCCCCGUCCUCAAUCCUGGCGGCGGCGGCGGCGGCGGCGGGAGAAGACGAAGCGAGUUCCUAUGGCCCCGAGAGGCGGUCAAGCGGCGGCGAGCUCCGGCUCCGAAGACGAGGAGGAGGAGGCGGAGGCGGGCUUCUCCAGGAGCUAUUUCCUCGCCAAGGAGAAGGAGCCCUCCUCCGCCAAGAAACGCGCCCGCGCCGCCGCCGCCGGCAAGCUCUCCGACCUCAACCUCGUCGACGAGCAGGUGUUGCGAGCAUCCCUCGCCGAGAUACCCCCGAAGCACGAGAAGGAGGUGGAGGCCCUCACGAGGAGCUACAAGGAGCAGUACCGCAACUGGCUUUUCGAGCUGAGGUGCGGUUUCGGCCUGCUGAUGUAUGGCUUUGGGUCUAAGAAGCUGUUGCUGGAGGAUUUUGCCUCCACGACCUUGACUGAUUUCACUGUCAUUGUGGUCAAUGGUUAUCUUCCGUCAAUCAACCUGAAGCAAGUCAUAGCAACAAUAGCUGAAAUGUUUUGGGAGCAGACAAAAUUUAAGCGGAAACGCCAGUCAGCAACAAGGUCCCAACCAUCACAAACUUUUGCAUCCCAAUCAAUGGAUGAUAUCAUCUCGUUUUUGAACAACCAGACAUCAGAAGACGGUGUUGAUGGCGUGUGCCUUCUUAUUCACAAUAUAGAUGGACCUGCAUUGCGUGAUGCUGAAUCACAGCAGUGUCUAGCACAAGUUUCUUGCUGUCCACAAAUCCACAUUGUUGCAUCAGUGGAUCAUGUCAAUGCACCUUUAUUGUGGGACAAGAAGAUGGUGCACACACAGUUCAAGUGGAGUUGGUACCAUGUCCCAACAUUUGCACCUUACAAAGUUGAAUGCGUGUUCUAUCCAUUGAUACUUGCCAGUGGCGGGCAUGCACAAACCACAAAAACUGCCCUUGUUGUUCUUCAGAGUCUGACACCAAAUGCACAAAGUGUCUUUAGAGUUCUUGCUGAAUAUCAGUUAGCAAAUGAAAAAGACGAAGGUAUGCCUGUCAGCAGCUUGUAUACCAAAUGCCGUGAGCGUUUCCUGGUGAGCAGUCAAGUGACAUUGAACUCCCACCUGACAGAAUUUAAAGAUCAUGAUCUUAUAAAGAUCAAAAAGCACUCUGAUGGCCAAGAUUGCCUCCACAUCCCCCUUGUUCCUGAUGCGCUGGGGAAAUUGCUGCAAGAAUUGUCCUGAUAUUCAGACUAUUUACAUUUUCAGUUGAUUAUUUGAUUCAGCAAAACUCUUCCAAAGGAGAGGAUUUAUCUGCUACAUGUAGUGUUGCCAUUGAAAUAGCUCAGUUGAGUAUUCCAUACUGUUGUACAUUGUUUAUUGAGCACUUCGCUUUAUGAAAUGGCUGAAUGUUGCAUGUUACUCA